CAGAACGUCAAUCUGGGACAGUUAGGUGCAGCAUACAUCCUACGUGGUGAGAGAAAGCCAGUGUCCUAAAUUUUCUGUAGUUUGUCAUUUGACCUAUGCUGCUUGCUGGCAUGGUAUUGAUUACUGGUCAAUCGAUUACAUGCAUUACUGACUGUGACCUCAAUAGAGAAAGCAGUGGGAAAAAUGCAACCUAUUGCUGACUGAAUUGUUAUGAUUGCACAUUCACAUAAGAUACUGCUCGUUACUGCAGGGGUAGUUGGGAGAUUGCUCUAGUUCAGUCCAAUUUGUAACCUGCGGCUUUGGAUGUCAUUCGCCCUGCAGACUCAGUAUUGCGGUGGCCAAAAGGGGGAGCAUGCACCGUGUUAGAUUGAUUACACUGUAGUAAUUGAUUAGUUUUACUUUGCUGCUCAAUGCUCAUUUCGCGUCUUAACUCAAGGGCAUUGGUCAUACGUUUCACACAGCAUCAGAAAUUUGGAAGCUGUUCACUAGAUCUCAGCUGCAGUUAGGAAAUAUCUAUAUCUGCUCUGCUUAUAAGCAGUCCAAGUAUACAGUUGGUGGCAUCCAUAAUUAGGCAUGUAACGCAUUGUGGUAGCUACAGCAGAUGUUGGACAUCUUCACAUCCCUUGGUUAUACCGGUACUUCUCGCGUCUUAAGUUACAGGUGGUCCGGGCCGCGCUCCCGCGUGGGAAGGGCUGUGGUCACGUGCCGUACUACGUUACUUUGUGCCUUCGUUUAAAGAAAGUCGGCCGGCAAUUUCGAUUCUGUAUGGAAGAAAAAGCGCUCUGUCUUUGUUCCUGUAUCUUCUGUCAGUCGGAAAAGAUGAUUCACCCUCGAUGCGUUAGUUAACAUCGGUUAAAAUGCGGACAUCCGUGCUUUCCCUAAUGCCUGGACUUGUGGCUGCCUUCACUAUUCCUGUCAUAGGCGCAGUUUUUGUAGAGAGCUUGUUGGCAGAAAGCGAACCGUCGGUAUCACCCUCAAAACUCCAAAGGAGACAAGCUGUUCCUGUUGGGGUGCGGGGCACAGAUUCAGACAGCACCCUUAGUACGGACGGUCCCCAGAUGUUAAAUCCUGUUGAAGACCCGAGUAUCACGAGCCCAGUCAGUGAUGGAACGCCAGUUGGAUUUGACAUAGUCAAAUGGGAGUGGGAGCAUGUGGAAGGACCUUAUCUUAUAGCGGUGUGGAUUUUGGUAGCAAGUCUUGCCAAGAUCUUGUUCCAUCUGUCCAGUAAGAUGACAUCAGUGGUACCUGAGAGUUGUCUUCUUAUAAUGCUCGGUUUAGGACUUGGGGGAAUUGUUCUGGCAGCAGUCAGUAAGGCAGAAUACCAAUUGGAACCAAGCACAUUCUUCCUUUUUCUUUUGCCCCCUAUCGUGCUAGACUCUGGGUACUUCAUGCCAUGCAGGCUGUUCUUUGACAACAUUGGUGCCAUCUUGACUUAUGCUGUAAUUGGUACUCUGUGGAACUCUUUUGCUACUGGAGCAGCACUCUGGGGAGUCAAGCAAGCAGGUGUGAUGGAUGAGAAACUGGAGGCAGGACUGUUGGAUUUUUUACUCUUCGGAAGUCUUAUCUCUGCAGUGGACCCUGUGGCAGUACUAGCUGUGUUUGAAGAAGUUCAUGUGAAUGAAACACUCUUCAUUAUUGUGUUUGGCGAGUCUCUGCUUAAUGACGCUGUCACUGUGGUACUGUAUAAAGUAUUUAAUUCAUUUGUUGAAAUGGGCACUGAAAAUAUCCAGGCUAUCGACUAUGUCAAAGGAGUUGCAUCUUUUUUUGUGGUUAGUUUAGGUGGUACAGCAAUUGGAUUGGUGUUUGCAUUCAUCUUGGCACUCGUUACUAGAUUUACAAAGCGUGUUCGAAUGAUUGAACCUCUUUUUGUAUUUCUGCUUGUCUACUUGGCUUACCUCACUGCAGAGAUGGUUUCCCUCUCCUCAAUAUUGGCGGUGACAUUUUGUGGUUUGUGCUGUAAGAAGUAUGUAGAGGCUAAUAUUUCUCAGAAGUCUCGGACUACUGUUAAGUAUACCAUGAAGACUUUGGCCAGCAGUGCAGAAACCAUUAUCUUCAUAUUGCUGGGACUUUCAGCUGUUGACACCUCCAAGUGGACGUGGGACACCGCACUUGUGCUUUGUACACUUCUCUUCAUCUUUGUCUUCAGGGCCCUAGGUGUUAUGCUACAAACAUGGGUGCUGAAUCAAUUCAGGCUUAUUCCUCUGGACAAGAUUGAUCAAGUGGUAAUGUCAUAUGGAGGCCUCAGGGGGGCUGUUGCUUUUGCUCUUGUAAUUCUCUUAAAUGAGUCAAAAGUCAAGGCAAAAGACUACUUUGUUUCAACAACCAUCAUUGUUGUCUUCUUCACUGUAGUGUUUCAGGGAUUAACCAUCAAGCCUCUUGUAAAAUGGCUUAAAGUAAAGCGCAGUGAUCAUCACAAGCCGACUCUGAAUGAAGAGCUUCACGAGCGGGCCUUUGACCACAUUCUUGCAGCUGUGGAAGAUAUUGCUGGUCACCAUGGGUACCAUUACUGGAGAGACAAGUGGGAGCACUUUGAUAAAAAGUACCUGAGUCAGCUGCUCAUGAGGAAGUCUGCAUAUAGGAUCAAGGAUGAAAUCUGGGAUGUUUAUCAGAAGUUGAAUGUUCGUGAUGCCAUCAGCUUUGUUGAUCAGGGUGGCCGUGUUUCUUCAUGUGCAACACUCUCUCUCCCAUCCAUGCCUAGCAGGACUUCAUUUUCUGAAACAUCUGUCACAAAUCUCUUAAGGGAAAAUGGAAGUGGAGUUUGCCUGGACCUCCAAGUGAUUGACACUGUAAGGAGUGGAAAGGACAGAGAAGAUGCAGUGAUGCAUCAUGUCUUACGGGGGAAUCUCUACAAGCCACGCAGGAGGUAUCAAGCUAAUUAUAGCCGGCACUUCAUCAGAUAUAAUGAACAAGAGCGUCAAGAACGUGAAGUGUUUCACAGGAACAUGAGAAGGCGGCUGGAGUCCUUUAAAUCCACAAAACAUAAUGUUUACUCUACAAAGAGCAAGUCCAGACACAAAAAGGAUUUAAAAAAUCACAGUAAAAAGCAGAGAAGUGAAGAUGUGGAUUGUCAGAUGGCAAAUGGAAGACCUCGAAGGAAUGUCAGUUGGCAUGACAGCACUCCAGUUGCUGCGUCAUUUGACUCCGAUGAUGAUGAGAGCUCAGAGUCUGAGAGAGAAGAGGAUGAAGGUAUCACUUUUGUUGCACGAGCAACUGAUGAAAUUCUACAAGAACGAAAAAUUUCAGGUAAUAAGGAACACUCUCAAAGUCCUUAUAUCCUGCCUUCCCCUCUGACCUCAGCAGAACAACAGCUGCCCUGGAAAGUUGAUCAAGGAGAUCUUGCUGUUUGUGUUUCCUCAGAAACCACUAAAAUUGUCCCAGUGGAUAUGCAGCAGGCAUGGAACCAAAGUAUUUCUUCUCUUGAAAGUACCGCUUCUCCACCAGUAACUGGCACAGCAGUUAACUUCAAAGCACCAAGCUUGACCAGACUAGAAGACCCAUUUAGUGCAACUAGCCAGGUGGUUCCCGAACAUUAUACCUGCUUCCAGUUUCCUGACUUUAUUUCAGUGAGUGGGAGACUCAGCAGUGGCAACAGUACAGAGUGCAUCCAAAAGCAGGAGCUACAACCCUUGAUGUCUGCAGAAAACAUCAGUAAGCCUGGGCCAUCUGCUGGAAGCGGCAGUAACAAAUGGUUGGCUCAGUUCAGCAGGUCAUCUAAGAUUUGAAGGCAUUCUCAGUUCUUGUGAAGCAUGGCAGAGCUCAACAACACAUACUCUCUUACUAACUAAAUAUAUAAUAAAGCACUUUAAGUGAAACAAAGUGAAGCAUCAUCUGAAAAGUCUGUCUUUGCAUAGUAAAUAACUAAACUCAGAUUGUAGAAAGUUGUAAAAUAGAUGCUUUUAUAAAAAGCCUUAGGUACUGCAAAUUAUUGCUAGUAAUCAAAAACAAUUUCUAGAGUAAUAAAUGCUAUAAAUGAGCAUUCUUGAAAUAAAUGCAAAAAUCUGGUAGAAAGACACAUAUUUUUACACAGCUGGUAGAUCACACAAAGAUUAAGUCCAUCAUUCACACUUACAACAAAAGAUCAUUAUUCAUUCUACAUUAUCCAGUUACCCAUUAUUGAAGUUCAGGGUUUCAGAACAACCUAGCCUAGCACUUAGUGACAGCAAGGCAGAUAAACUAAUUUUGAAUGGGGUGUCAGUCCAUCUCAGGACAGACACACAUGACAUGCACUACUGUGGGCAGUUUGGAUUGUCAUAUCACUUACAUCUCUGGGACAUGGGUGGAAACUGCACCUAGAGAAAAACCACACCAACACAGGAGAGUGUAUGCAGAGUCCCCAAACCCUCCCAGCUGAGAACUGAAAUAGAAAGCCAAGUGUUGCGAGGGAGCAGUGCUAACAACUGUGUCAUCAUUAAUAAUCACAAAGGUUGGUAUAUACUUUUUUUCUUCUUCGAGGAAACUGGAAUGCAUCACAAAGAUUUACUUCCGUUUCUGGUUGUUGGAUAAAUUAUUGCAUGUCCUGUGCGACAGUGUUGUGAAACUUCAACAAUUCCUCUUAAUAACCACAUUUACAUAAAUGCAUAUGUUAGCAGUAUUAUUAAAGAAUCACAGGCACAGAUAAAAAUGAGUUUCCACACUUUACAGAGAUUGUUGCAGCCAAAAGAGACAAAAGCCAUCCAUAUGCAGUCAAAUAGCAACUAAGGAAUGCAAGCAUAUCAUAUCUAUUUAAUGGGCUUUCGAUUACACAGAUGCUUCAUUUUCAUGACAAUUAUCUGUCCCUUAUCUGUUUUACCCCAUGUUUUACUCCAGAUAAAUACAGUAUAAUGGCAAAUAAGGAUAUUAGAUCAUGGUUAUUCAUUUCUAAAUAGUUAAAACAAUGGUACUGAUUUCUAUGUUUUCAGUUUUUCUUUUACUCUAGGAAUAAUAACUGUAUUUACUAAAAUCUUAGUGUGGGUAAAACAAGAUCUGAUGUUGUCAUUUUCAUUCAUUCCUCAGCUAUUGGGUUAUAUCCAAUUCAGCUGCUUUUACCAGAUCAUGGAAUACUGAACCUCUCAAGCUCCUCCCUUGCCCACAAUUCACCUGGUCCCCUAACAUUCCUCAGAUGUCAUUUGCCAUCUUAGCAUAUGGAUGCGGUCACUGCAAACUCUCGGUUUGACUAGCUGAUUUUUUUAUGAGUGAGAAUUUUAACUUUGGAUUUUUCUCCAAAUCUUCUCUAUUAGAAUUAUUCCUAAUUUUCUAUAGCUCCAUCCUCCAUUUUUUCUUAUUACACUUUGUUGUAUGUAAAUCUUGUUGCCAUUAAUGGUAUCCCAUUUCUUGUUCUAUUUUAAUACUUAUUUUCUUACCAUCAUUGGUAACCUCUUCUUACUCUAUUCUUCUUGUAUUUUAAACAAAAAAUAUUUCCUUUUCUAUUUGUUGUUUUGGUACUUGCUGGAUUUGUUGUUUACGAUGUCUGAAGAGAAGCCUUCGGGUUUCAAGAAAUGUAUGGCCUGUGGCCAUAAUAUACCCCCCUGUCUGAUGUGUACUCUGAAUGCAUCUAUUGUCUAGACCCUGUGCAUUUGGAUUCAAAUUGUGACAUACACAAAGCCUUUAAUCCUAGGGCUUUGAUAAAUCAAAAAAAUAAAACUAAUCUUAACAGGUUUGCUUCUUUUCAAGUCAACGGCAUAAUCUGGGGCUCAAACCACAAGAAAUCCAAUAAAAAGGAUGCAAAAAAGUAGUCCCCAGAUCCAACCUCUCCCUUGACUCUGGGAUCACAACCACCUCACAAAGUUCCAAAACCUUCAGAUCUGACAGAAAACUCUGAUAAGUCUCCCCAGAUCCAAUUUCCACCAUUGGUACUGGAUCCAGUUUCAUCUCAACUACCUUCUCCUUUCUUGGUGAGGUCUCCUAGAUGCCAUCACUCAAGAGCACCAUCUACAGCAUCUUCUACUCAUUCCUCCAGACGUCUGACCAAAGCGAAUGUGGACAGAAUUAUGAGGAGGUUCCUCUCAAUGCAGAUUUAAAUGGGAGUCCUUCCGGCUCUGACCAGAUCUGGAGACCUUCGUUAGUACUACCCAACUAAUUCUACCUCCUUCUCUGAUUUAACUAUUGCUUUUGGAGCAGUCAGAUCUGAAGAUUCUGUAGUAGUCCAAAUCAGGUCUGAACAUCGUGGUUUCCUCGACUCCAAUUGCAUCUCUGAGUGGACCAGCAUUGCGCAUUUCAAAGCAGGAUGACUCUCUGAGCCAUAGCAUUGGCACCAGUCCCAGAGUGUUGGAGUAGACUCCAAAUUUGUCAGUGCCAUCUCUACCCUUCAGAGCUUCGGUGUUAGAUAGCUCUACUCUGACUCCCACUUCUAUAUCACAUUGAACAUUUAGACUGUCAAAUGCCUAAACGUUGACACUUAAAUGUUGAAUGCUGAAAACAGCGAACAGCCAAUUACGUGAAUUUUUUCACAUGAAAAAAUUUGCUUGGCCAAAAAACAAAUGAACUUUAAAACCCUAACCAAGUGGGGGGCUUCA